GGGGCUCGGCGGGGCGGGGGGGGGCAUGGAGGCCAUCUGGCUGUACCAGUUCCGCCUGAUCGUCAUCGGGGACUCCACGGUGGGCAAGUCGUGCCUCAUCCGCCGCUUCACCGAGGGCCGCUUCGCCCAAGUCUCCGACCCCACCGUGGGCGUGGAUUUCUUCUCGCGCCUCGUCGAGAUCGAGCCCGGCAAGCGCAUCAAGCUCCAGAUCUGGGACACCGCCGGCCAGGAGCGCUUCAGAUCGAUCACCAGAGCCUACUACCGGAACUCAGUGGGGGGCCUGCUGCUCUUCGACAUCACCAACCGCAGGUCCUUCCAGAAUGUCCACGAGUGGCUAGAGGAAACCAAAGUGCACGUCCAGCCCUACCAGAUCGUCUUUGUGCUGGUGGGCCACAAGUGCGACCUCGACACUCAGCGGCAAGUCACCCGGCAUGAGGCUGAGAAACUGGCCGUCGCCUACGGCAUGAAAUACAUCGAGACCUCCGCCCGGGACGCCAUCAACGUGGAGAAGGCCUUUACCGACCUCACUCGAGACAUCUACGAGCUGGUUAAGAGGGGGGAGAUCACCAUCCAAGAAGGAUGGGAAGGGGUGAAGAGCGGCUUCGUCCCCAACGUCGUGCAUUCGUCGGAGGAGGUGGUGAAAUCCGACAGGCGGUGCCUCUGCUAGGGAGGAGAAAGGAUGCCGGACUUUACGAACCAAACGUACCCUGCUAGAUGAACUCGGUGCGGCGGAAGGGGAUGCAGAGGGAAGUGUGGUGAGCGGCAUGUCACGGUGCUUUGGACCUCGGAAGAAUAGAACCAAGGAGGGAAUGGGGGAAGGAACCCCCCCAUUAUGUAGGAAUGAACCCAGAUGCAUGCUUAUAAGGUAGGAGGUGGGCAGUGUCAAGAAAGACAAGGUCAGAUAGGGGUGGUAGAAGCCUGGGAACUCUGAAGACACCCUGUUUUGAAUGCACCUGUCGUUCAGUGCUGUGUGAUGAGGCCACAGUAUGAAAAACCCGUAUAUAAUAAUAAUAAAACACCUAUGGAGAAAGA